UUGAUCGUUUGCUAUCCGUUGACAUGUUUGAACCUGAUAACACGAUAAAUAUUUACGAAUCUGGUAAUACAGAGAAUUUUUUUGAUAUCGAAUCUGGUAAUGCAGAUAAUUACUCUAAUGCAUUCGACCUUGGUGCUCUGGAGAAUUUUUUUAAUACUGAAUUUAGUAACACAGAUAAUUGUUCUAAUGCACCCGACCUUGGUUCUCUGGUUAAUUGUUCUAACGCGCUUGGCUAUGAUAAUCUGGAGACUUUUUUUGAUGACAAAUCUGGUAACACGAAUAAAUAUACAUUUAACUCUGAUGAUUCAGGAAAUUUUUUUAAUUCUGAUAAUCUGGAGGCUUACCUUAAUGCAUUUGGGCCCGGUGACAUAGAGGCUUUUUUAAAUACAUUUGAUCCAAGUAGCCCGUUUGAUAAAUGGGUUGAUAAUCAUGGAACAGAAUGUGGGUUUGCUUUUACGAUUACCCAUAGUGAAAAAGAUAAAGAGGAUGGGAUCCCCCGGUGCCGUACCUAUAAAUGUAUGAAGGGUCGAUUAUAUAUAUCUAAAAAAGAAGCACAUGUCAUUAAUGAUCGUGAUAGUGGCCAUCAUACUACUGGUUGUACAUUUCAUGUUAAUGCGUAUCGACGCAAGAAAGACAAUUUGAUCUAUGUAUCAAAAAUUGAUGGUCAGCAUAAUCAUGCGCUUGUUGAUAAUAUAAAUAUGGUUGCACCACAUUAUCGGAAGUUCACUUCAGAGAUGAGCGAUGAAGUAAAAUUUCUUGCAAGUUGUGAAUCAAUUCGGUAUAAAAAAGAAGAAAUAAGUGAUGCUGGUUCGUUGUACCUUAAGCUUAUUAAAAAACAGCAGGCUGAUCCCACUUUUCAUAUUGAUGCUCAAUUUGAAGAUUCUACAGCAAAAACCAAUCGCCACUCAAUGAUAUUGUGUAUCAUGAUACUAGUAGAUAAUCAUAACCGUUCUCGUCUUACAGCAGCUGCUAUAGUCUCUGAUGAAACAAAAGAAACUUAUGAAUGGUUAUUCAAAAGUAUUCUCAAGGUGACUAAUAAUUUGGCUUCAC